AUGUCCUUUUUGACAAGCCGGAAGGAAGAAGAUGGCGACUUUCUGUUGGUGGUCGCUGGUCUGACCCGCUUUGCACCUUAUCUGACCGGCUGGCAAGAGUUCAAGGAUCACAUUCGAAAAGUGGUGAGAGAACAACCUGGCUGGGUUGACGUAUAUGCAAGCCAAAGUCAGCGCAGGGGUGAGAUGCAAGGCUGGUGCAGGCUGAAGGACAGGGAAGAUGCAGAAGCUGCAUACAAAACUUAUUUCAAGUCCAAAGGCAUGCUGGUGCAUGUUUGGCAAACACGUCGCAUCAAUGACGGGUUUCGACUGAUGAAGUGCAAUUGUUCAGUGCAUUUCCCGGAUUUACCUGAAGGCGCUCACUCUCCUGGACUUUGUGGCAUCGACAUUGGAAGAGUAAACCAACUAAGCGGCAAACCGUAUGCCGCACCUCCAACACAAUACAUGCCAGUUCAGCCAGGUUACGCUUAUGCCGCAUACCCUCCGACUACUACGUUCGCCAUUCAACCAGUAUACACAACGCAAGCACCUCACCCAGUGCCUCCAGCAAUGCCUUACCUGCCAGUCUAUUCUGCAAACAAUAGUGGCAUGCCAGUAAACAUUCGAGAUGGGGCAGUACUAACCGAGGCGCGUGGCAUAUUCAUUCAGAAUUUGAGCUACAAGGUCGGAUCAAAUGAGCUCAAGAACUUACUCCACACUGUUGGACAGCCCGUCGACUGCAAAGUGCAUCGGGAUCGUGCCGGCGUAUCCAAGGGGGUGGCAACCGCCAAGUUCGCCUCGACGCACGAAGCACAGCUUGCGGUGACCCACCUAAAUCGCAAACCACACAGAGGGAUGACCUUGAAAGUUCGCUUAGAUCAAGACACAACUGUUGUGGGACAGGUUGGGCCUCCUCUCGUGGUGAAUGGUUCAGUUGGUGCAUACAACGCCGGCAGGUGA